CUUCCGAAUUCUACUUUUUAUCAGGAGAUGCGAAAAAAUGGCUUCCUGGUGGAGUAGUUCUACCCUUCCUGUAUUACUCACAGCUGUUGUUCUUGGCUUGUUUGUUCAUUCAGCCCACGGAAUCCGCACAAAAAAGAAGAUCUACAUUGAUUUGAAAACACAAAGUGCUUGCUUCAGGAACUUUAAUGCUACCCAUCAAGUUGGCUGUGCCUCGGCUGAGGGAGGAAAUGUUGGUAUUGUGUACUACUUGCAUACAGAAGAUGAUUACCAGUGGGUGCUGAAAGAAGGCCCACAUGCGCCAUACAUAGCUGUUGUCAAUUCUGAUGACUUCAAUGGCAUGAAUGUCCGUAAACUGGUCGGCUCGGACCGUAUCAAAGGCAUCAUGGUCAUCAAGGCAGACAACUCUACUCAGGCACCACCUCCGUUCUCCUCCGUAGAUGCCUGUCCUAACGACAGAUAUGGUCUGUACAGCAACCACUCGGAGUACGGCGACUGUAAGAAAAUGACCUGGAACCCCGCAGGCACAGGCCUCCACUUCCAGGACCUCGGGGUGCCCGUCUUCGUCUUGUCUGAUCUGCAGGACAUUAGCACCAUCAUCAACAAGAUAAAGUACUGCGACCCGCUGGGGGACAAGAAUGUGGUCACUCUGCUCAAGGACACCAGGGACAACGAGACACGCGCCAACAGCUCUGUUAUCGUCAUGGCUACCAGGGGAGUCAUUUGACUACAUCGGCUCCAGCCGGCUUGUCUACGACAUGACCCGCGGCCUGUUCCCCCAAGAGGUCAAGGACAGGAACAACGUUUACCAGAGUCCUGUGGAGCUGCAGCACAUCGACCAGAUGAUCGAGCUGAACCAGGUGGCCUUGAGGCAGGCCGCGCCCAAACUGUUUGCGCACACGGACCCUGUCAGCCUCAACGACGUCUCACCCACGCUCUGCCGCCCGCCUCGGCUCAGCGCUUCCUACGGCAGCGCUCGGACAUUCCCGUGCUGGUGGUCACUGACCACAGGGAUGAGUACACCAACAGCUACUACAAUAGUCGCCUGGACACAGCCGAGAGCAUCGGAGCGGCGGACUACCCGGCCGGCUACAACGCCAGCCAGCAGUACGACUACGUGACCACGCAGGCCUCACACAUUGCCAGUUUGUCCACCGCCCUGGCCAGGUACCUGUACAACGCGUCCACGGGGCGGGAGCCCUCGCCGGAGAUCCUGAGUAACCUGACUGCUGAUGAGAGCGUCGUGACUCAUUUGCUCUACUGCUUCCUGAUUAGUCCCAACUGCGAACUCUUCAAACAGAGCGUGGACGCCAGCAACCAGGACAGCCUGCGCAAGGCGAAGCAGCCAUUCCCUCUGUACGUGAGUGUGGACUCCCACCUGAAUGAGGUCACACAGUUGACUUAUAACCUCCUGACCAAGUUCACGGGCGAGAGGAUCAAUGUGUCCCAGGGCGCCUGUGUUCUUCAGGGAGCUGACCAGGCUACGACAUGCUGUCCCAGGAGUACUCUACCUGGACCGAGUCUCGCUGGCAGGCCGAUGCCAUCAGCGUCCGAGUCUUCCUCAUGCCCAGCCAGCAGUUUCAGGUGUCCACUCUGAUGGUCGGAGUGACGGUCUUCAUCCUCUCCUUGUGCCUGGCGUACUUCCUUCAGUCUCGCAGCGGGGUCCUGUUCACCCAGAGGCGUAGCUGCGACUCCAACGUCUACAACCCCAUGCUCUAGUCACUUCACCACCCCCGUCGGCUGGGCAGUCUCUGCUCUCUCUCUCAUCAAUCACCCCUCACCAUCAACCAUCACAGCUUUCUGGGUGGGACGUCCCAGGACUGUCCUCUGUCUCACACUCUGACCAUGCCCACUAGCAGACCCAAGUGCUGGUGGUGGUCGUGUACAUUCCAUAGUGACCACAACUACAACCGCAACAAUUAUGAGAGCUCCAACAACAGUAGCGAACGACAGCAGCAGCAGCAGUAGUAGUGACCAGAACAACAAAAAUGACAGCAGUAGUUAUAUAAACAAUAAGAAUAACGCCAGUAGGUAUUAAAACAACAACAACAACAAUAACACCAGUAGCUAUUAAAACAACAGCAACAAUUGCACCAGCAGAGAAAGAGACAACUGCAAGAGUGACAAAGACAUACAACAGCAGCAACAACAACAACAACAACAAUAAUUUCCAACUGGGCAGUAAAACAGCAUUAGCCCGAGACAUUUCUCCUCCAACAUUCCAGUGACACUGAUACGUACUUGUCGUCUUCGGCAAUCAACAUUGUAGUGUGUCAAACCCCACCCCCCCAAAAAAAAA